CAAGAAAGUAAACAACACAUCUUACUCUUACUUUCUUCGUCUUACUUUCUCAUUACAACAUUAAGGAGGAUUUUCUCCUCCUUUGAAAGUGAAUAAAUAUGGCUUUGGUGAAAGUCUUCACCUUGUUCAACUCUUGUAAAAGCCCAAGCUUCAAAAAUGUCAUUUUAGCAUCAGCAAACUUUUCGAAAAGUGCUCAUUAUCGUAAGGUAGAGCAGACAAAUGAAGAAACAAGUAUACCACUGAAAUACUUUGGAAGCCAAGCUUCGCGAUGGACGGCACAGCGUAGUCGCAGUGGCCCCAAAAAACAAGACGUUCCGUGGUAUCAACUGUACGUAGUGAACUUCAGUGUAGCUAUUUUCCUCAUCUAUUUCUGCGUUCUACGAGAGGAAAACCAAAUUGAUCAAGAUUUGGGUCGAUCGUUGUUUGAACACGUACCCGGAUUAGAAGAAAAGCAGUUAAUUCUUAAUUAUCAUUAUAAUAAGAACAAUGGGAUACCAACAAUCGACAUUGAAAAACGAAUGGCAGAACUAAACAUUCAACUCGAAACAUCGAAUUAGUUGCGCAUUCAAAAAAUAGAAAUAAA